GCCUUGACACUACCCUGGGCAUGUAACAGAAUGGAGGGAACAGAAAGUAGAGGGAAAAAAUGCCGCAGCCUGUAACAGUCGCUAACAUGUAGGGAGCAGGUUGAAUGCAUCAGCACGAAGGAAUCAGGUAGUAGAAUGGAGGGAUGUGGCCGUAGGGAGCAGGACAGAGGGAGGUGGGGGAGGGAGUAGAGAGCUGGUUGUAGGGAGGUGGGUGCUGGGAGUAGGGAGCAGGACAGAGAAAGUAUGUUGCAGCAGGAACAAUAGCUUACAUAUAGAGGGAAUACUCAGAGCUCAAAUGAGACUUGAUAAAUAAUUUUUAGGGAGCGAGCAGGAUGAACUGUCAUUUUGCACACAAAUGCCAGGAAACAGACAAAAGUUUACCACGUACAUAUAGCAAAAUCCUCCAGUAGCUGCAUGGUCACACAUGAGGAGGAUGAUCUACUACGUAAACAGCAGUCACUGGUUUCUCCACUCAAAGCCUGAAGGGGUCGCUGAAAUAGAAAAUAUGAAAUAUCAUCAUGGAAUGAGUAGGGGGAGGAGAGUACAGAAAGCUACAAAUGAAAACUUUUUCCCUACUUCCAAGAAAAAAAAAAAUCAAGCCCACUGUUUUAGAGAGAGAAAAAAAAGGCGUAAUCUGACACUGAACUGAACUCUCAUGAUUUCUGCUGAUUUGGUGCCCCCUCCCCUCUGGCCCGACCCAGCAAACAUCAUCUUCCUGUGUGCCAUUCCCCUCAGAGAGAGAAGACAUUCCGCUCAGCCCUGGGCCAGGGUGAAUGAAACAAGAGGGCAGAGAACGGGAGGGGCAAGAAGAUAGAGGGAGAGAAAUAGGAAGAUAGAACAGAAAGGGGUAGGGAGGGAUGCAGAGAGGAAGAGGAGGAGGGUUAAUGCAAUGCAGAUUGACAGAAAAGAGAAAGGAAAGCUGAACUUUUCUCCCCCCCCCCACCGAAUGCCACACAAACACACACACGCAGUUUGAGUAAUCGGAAGCGAUGGAGAGAACAAUCUGAAUGUAAAAGCUACAGUAAAAAAAGGUGUGUUUAGCUUCUCCAAUGAGCCAGAAAGCAGCUUGUGUCCUCAUCGUGCGAAUGGAUGACCUCUUUGUGCCGCUCAGUAGAAGGAGGGUAUAUGAUGAAGAAGCAAAUCAGCAACUGUAAUCAUGUACCCAAGAACAAUGUCAACAAGGGCUGUCUGUCUGCCGUACUCCAGCGUUUAUCCCUGCGUGAUUAUGGCUUCUGCAUGGGCUCCCUUAUUCUCUUUUGCUUGGGUUCCCUUUUCUACCAGCUGAACGGCGGACCCCCGCAUAUCCUGUUGCAGCUUCGACACUAUUUAGGAAAUUCCACCUACAUGGAUGACCAUGGUCCUGUUUCUCCAAAGGUGCUUCCAUUUCCUAGUCAAGUAGUAUAUAACAGAGUUGGAAAGUGCGGAAGCAGGACAAUUGUCUUACUGCUACGCAUUUUAUCUGAAAAACACGGGUUCAACUUAGUGACAUCUGACAUUCACAACAAAACCAGACUAACCAGAAAUGAGCAGAUGGAGUUGAUAAAAAACAUCAGUACUGCAGAUCAGCCAUAUUUAUUUACUCGGCAUGUCCAUUUCCUUAAUUUUUCAAGGUUUGGAGCAGAACAACCAGUAUAUAUCAAUAUAAUAAGAGAUCCUGUCAACAGAUUUUUAUCAAAUUACUUUUUCCGCCGAUUUGGUGACUGGAGAGGGGAACAGAAUCAUAUGAUACGAACUCCUGGUAUGAAAGAAGAAGAAAGAUACUUAGAUAUAAGCGAGUGCAUUCUUGAAAACUAUGCAGAGUGUUCAAAUCCCAGACUAUUUUAUAUUAUUCCAUAUUUUUGUGGGCAACAUCCAAAAUGCAGGGAUCCUGGUGAAUGGGCACUGGAACGAGCUAAACAGAAUGUGAAUGAGAAUUUCUUACUGGUUGGAAUUUUAGAAGAGCUGGAAGAUGUGCUUCUUUUGCUGGAAAGAUUCUUACCUCAUUAUUUCAAGGAUGUUAUAAGCAUCUAUAAAAAUCCAGAACACAGAAAACUUGGAAACCUGACUGUCACUGUAAAGAAAACUAACCCUUCACCUGCUGCACUUCAGGUACUUUACCAGCGCAUGAAAUAUGAAUAUGAAUUUUACUACUAUGUCAAAGAGCAGUUCCAUCUGCUGAAGCACAAGUUUGGACUGAAAUCUCACUUUCAGCUGCAUUCCGGUGAAGACACUUCAUUCACUAUAUCAAAUCCAAUGGAAACAGAAGAACCAAUAGAAGAUGAAGAGGACCAGGAUGAUGAGAAGUGGUUAGAAGAUAUUUAUAAAAGGUGAUGCACUAGUUCCAGCAUCACAGUUGGCAGUCCAUGUUUAAACUUUUUUGAACUAAAAAAAAUGAACUCAAUGUGUAAUUAUGGAAUACUGAACCCAGUUUACUUUAUAAUGUUUUAUGUUCAGUUUAUUUGAUAGAAAGAAAUUAAAUACAUAUAUAAAAUCUAACACAAGCAUCGGAAAUAUUGACAGCAAACAAAAAUCCAGUUCUGCUUUAUGGUAAUUGAAACACUAAAGAAUUCCAGAUUAUAAUUCCCAUUACUAGGGAAUAUUUUACCAAAAAUGAUCUCUGGACUGAAGCCUCACAUUCUGCUGCAACCUUGGGAAGACACUUAUUUUACUAUUCCAAAUUCAAUGGAAACAAAAGAACCAAUAGAGGAUGAAGAGAAGUGGUUAGCAUCAGCACCACAGUUGAGAGUCCUUGUUUAAACUUUUCUUUAUUAACACAAUUUAAUAUGGAAUUAUGGAAUACUGAACUCGAUUUUGUUUACUUUAUAAUGUUUCUGUUCAAUUUAAUUAAUAGAAAGAAAUACAUAUACAAAAUCUAACACA